ACUGUGGCGCCGACCGCCGCCGCGCCGCACGUGUCGCCGCGCUCUCCGCCGCUCCGCCGCGCCGCUCGUCGCGAGCGAAGUGCGUCGCGCAGUGCAGUGCUCCACUUGCUAUCUGUUCUGUGAACAAGAAAAGUUUCACGCUCGCCGGGAAACUUUCCGCCGAGUUGAGCGGCCAGCGGGCCCGGCAGCCGCCUGCAGCCGGCACAGUCGCUCUCAGAUGUGGGCGCGAGCGGGCCGGCCGCCCCGCACCCCCGCGCCGCGCCGCGGUCUAUGCGCAGUCCCUAAGGCUCGAGGGCGCGGAGAGCGCGGGCGGCGCGCGGGGCGCGGCGGGCGCGGCGCGCGCGGGCCAUGAGCAACGCGUCGGAGGCGGAUGCGCCGGACGCGGGCUGCGACUCGGACGCGGGCGUGGCGCCGGCCGACCAGCUGUUCCGCUUCGUGGUGCACGGCGUGCUGCUGAACGCCAUCGGCGCGGCCGGCCUGCUGGGCAACGCGCUGGCCGUGCUGGUGCUGUCGCGCCCGCAGAUGCGCUCCUCCAUCAACUGCCUGCUGGUGGGGCUGGCGGCCUGCGACACCGUGCUCAUCCUCACCUCUGUGCUGCUGUUCGGCCUGACCGCCGUGUUCCCGUACACGGGCCGGCUGCGCUACUACUACUACCACGUGUGCCCGCACAUCACGCCCUACGCCUACCCCAUCGCCAACGCGGCGCAGACCAUGUCGGUGUACCUGACGCUCAUCGUGACGGUGGAGCGCUGGGUGGCGGUGUGCCACCCCUUCCGCGCCAAGGCGCUGUGCACGUCGUCGCGCGCGCGCUGGUACGUGCUGGGCACGGCCGCCUUCGCGCUCGCCUAUAACGCGCCCAAGUUCUUCGAGGCGGAGGUGGUGCAGCGCUACGUGGACGGCGAGCCGGUGUACUGCGUCACCGCUGACCUGAGCUUCCGCACCGACUCCUACAUCGUGGUGUACAUCCACUCCAUGUACAUGAUCGUCAUGUACAUCGUGCCGUUCUCCGCGCUGGCCGCGCUGAACGCGUGCAUCGUGCGGCAGGUGCGGCGCGCGCAGGCCGAGCGCGCGCGGCUGUCGCGGGUGCAGCGCCGGGAGCUGGGGCUGGCCACCAUGCUGCUGGUGGUCGUGCUCGUCUUCUUCCUGUGCAACCUGCUGCCGCUCGUCACCAACUCCUUCGAGGUGUUCCUCGGCGACCAAUUCGACAAAUUGGACCCACUCGUCAAGACGAGCAACCUGCUGGUGACUAUCAACAGCAGCGUCAAUUUUGUUAUUUACGUUAUAUUUGGUGAAAAGUUUAAGCGAGUGUUCUUGAAAAUGUUCUGUGGCGGAGCAAUGAGGCCGCGCGGCGGCACGCGGGACUCCCCGGAGCACACGCGCGACGACUCGUUCGCGUCGUGCGGCGAGCGCGUGUCGCUGCGCCUCGUGCGCAACGGCACGCUGCGGCGCUCGGAGGCGCGCGGCUCGCGGGGCGGCGCGGGGGGUGCGGGCGGCGUGGGAGGGGGCCGCGCGCGGCGCGCUGCCUCGCCCGCGCCCACGGUGUACUACCCCGCGCCGGCCACGGAGCUGUCGAGCGCGUCGGACUCGCGCUGGGGCGGCGGCGCGCGCGCGCACUUCUAACAGCGCUCGCUGGCGCCGCCCGCCGCCGCGCACAUCCCCUCCCGCGCCGCCUGACACCAGCGACCCGCCUCUGCACAUUUUCUGUGAUGUGAGUUAAGACAAACUGGUGAUGACGGAAUAUGACUACUUGGACCAUCUCAUGUACAUUUGUGUAAAUAUAAAAUUUAGACUUGUCUUAGGAUGACGGCUACGAAUUAUACCUCGUAAUGUAAAAAAAUUGAAGUGUUUGUAAAUAAAGUAGUUACAAUAAGAUGCGGUGGUAUGUCCAGGACGUAUCGUAUGCGCCGCUGCGCCGGUGCCACUCAUUGCAUUAAGCUCUAAUAAUAAAAUGUCAUUAAAUGUC